CUCAGAUUUUCUAGGUGCAGGGGAAAUGACAGAGAUAGGAUUGGUUUUGCAAUGGAACAGAUAUGGUUGCUGUUGCUUCUAACAAUUAGAGUGCUUCCGGGGUCUGCUCAGUUCAAUGGCUAUAACUGUGAUGCCAACCUCCACAGUAGAUUUCCUGCUGAACGAGACAUCAGUGUCUACUGUGGGGUGCAGGCCAUUACAAUGAAGAUUAAUUUUUGCACCGUCCUUUUCUCCGGUUAUUCUGAAACAGAUCUGGCCCUCAACGGAAGGCAUGGGGAUUCCCACUGCAGGGGUUUCAUCAAUAACAACACCUUUCCCGCAGUGGUUAUUUUCAUCAUCAAUCUCAGCACCUUGGAGGGCUGUGGCAAUAACUUAGUGGUAUCCACAGUUCCUGGAGUCAGUGCUUAUGGAAACACAACUUCAGUACAAAUAGGAAAUAUUUCAGGAUAUAUUGACACUCCAGAUCCACCAACAAUCAUCAGCUAUCUACCUGGGCUUCUUUACAAAUUUAGUUGUAGUUAUCCAUUGGAAUACCUGGUUAAUAAUACACAGCUUGCUUCGUCCUCAGCUGCUAUAUCUGUGAGAGAGAACAAUGGUACAUUUGUAAGCACUUUGAACUUGCUUCUUUAUAAUGAUUCAACCUACAGCCAGCAGUUAAUUAUCCCGAGUAUAGGAUUACCUUUAAAAACCAAAGUAUUUGCAGCUGUGCAAGCCACCAACCUGGACGGCAGAUGGAAUGUCCUCAUGGAUUAUUGCUACACAACCCCAUCAGGGAACCCAAAUGAUGAUACACGGUAUGAUCUCUUCCUUAGCUGUGACAAAGAUCCUCAGACCACCGUCAUUGAAAAUGGCAGAAGCCAGCAGGGCCGAUUUUCCUUUGAAGUGUUCCGGUUUGUAAAACACAAGAAUCAGAAAAUGUCGACCGUCUUCCUGCACUGUGUCACAAAGCUCUGCAGAGCUGAUGACUGCCCUUUCCUUAUGCCAAUUUGUAGCCACAGAGAAAGGAGAGAUGCGGAGAGGAGGACCACUUGGAGCCCCCAGAGCACUUCUGGAAAUGCCAUCCUCUCUGCGGGACCCAUCAUUACGCGGAGCGAUGAGACUCCAACCAACAAUUCACAGCUUGGUUCUCCUAAUGACCCUCCUUUCCAGCUGAAUGCCAUCACCAGUGCACUGAUAUCAGGAAUGGUCAUUCUGGGAGUUGUGAGCUUUUCCCUUCUCCUGUGCUCACUGGCGCUUCUACGCAGGAAGGCACCCACUAGUUUGGUGUUGAAUGGCAUAAGGAACCCAGUCUUUGACUGA